AGUGUUUGUCUAUUCCCUCUGCUGCUAAUUUUGCUGAAAGCUUUCAUUUGUUCUUCCGAAGCAUGCCCCGCGCGGGUGAGACCUGGCACGGAGCCCGACGGCCUCUGCGUAGGCGCCGUGGGCGAGCGGGGUGAACUUCACCCGACGAGUUUGGACGUGACCUGGAGAGAGGAGGAGAAGGGAGAUGGACAGGUGUGAGCCAGGGCCUGGCUUGUCCCGUGGAGCCGCAUCGCCAGGCCGCCCGCCCAACAGCGAUGGCAUCGGAGACCUCCAUGCCAGCCCCGAUCUGCCUGAUUGAGAACGACCCCACAGACGGGCUGCUGGUGAACCAGGAGGCGCUGGCGCAGCUGCAGGCUGGGAGCCAGCUUGUGAUGGUGGUGGCCAUCGCUGGGCUCUACCGCACCGGCAAGUCCUGUCUCAUGAACUGACUGGCUGGCAGGAGAACGGGCUUCUCCACCACCCAGUCGCACACCAAGGGCAUCUGGAUGUGGCGCUUGCCCCACCCGCGCCGGCCCCACCACACGCUGGUGCUGCUGGACACCGAGGGGCUGGGUGACGUGGCGAAGGGCAACACCAAGAACGACUCGUGGAUCUUGCGCUGGCUGUGCUGCUCUCCAGCACCCUGGUGUACAACAGCCUGCGCACGAUCGACCAGCGCGCCAUGGACCAGCGCAGUAUCCUCGGCCCUGGGGCUGGGUAACAACCCACUGCUGCGCCCAGCUGCGGGGAUGUGGCGGGUCCAUGGGCCGCGGGGCCUGUCCCCGUCUCAGGGGCACUGUCAUCCACGUUUCCUGAGCCAGCCCCAGCCACGUGACGGAGGUGACGCAGCACAUCCAGGCCAAGGCAAUGCCCGGGGCCAGCCCGCUGGUGGGAGAGAACGGGGCCGAGUACGGCCCCAGAAAGCAGAGGGACUUGCGGAGACAUUAUGAGCCUGGGCAAGGCUGGACGCAUGAGGCCCAGGAGACAUGGGAAGGAACCUGACCCCGUGGAGUCCCCCUGCCCCGCAAAGCAGUGCAAGGACGAAGCAGACUCCCCCAGCAUAGCUCUGCCAUGUGGCCGUGCCAGUCGCGGGCUGAAGGGGUGUCUCUGGGACGUCUCUGCUAUGUCCAGUGCCCAUAAGGGGAGGACAGAGGCCCCAGUACCAGGCCCACGUCUGUCCUGGAGUGGGUCUGGGGAGCUACCGCUGAGCCGUGCCGCCCGCAGUGCUGGGGGACGUGGUGGUGACCUACGUGGACGCCAUGCACAGCGGGGCGGUGCCCUGCCCCGAGAGCGCCUGCUGGCUCUGGCGCAGGUGGAGAACGCGGCGGCGGUGGAGGAUGCUGUGGCCCGGUACCAGGCGGUGCUGGGGCCGGAGGUGGCACUGCCCACAGAGACGCUGGCGGAGCUGUUGGCGCUGCACCCUGCGGCGUUCAUGGCACGCGCCUUCAAGGACGACAUGCGCCAGUUCCAGGGGAAGCUCAUGCGCCGGCUGGAGCAGCAGAAGGAGGAGCUCUGCCAGCGUAACGAGCGGGCAUCCCUGCAGCGCUGCCAGGCCGUGCUCGCAGAGGUCUCACACGACCUGGAUGCCCACAUCUGCAAUGGGGCCUAUGCUGUGCCCGGCGGCUACCAGUGCUUCCUGGGCGACCAGGGGGAGAUGCUUGAGCGCUACCGGCAGGUGCCGGGCAAGGGGAUAAAGGCUGGCAAGGCCCUGGUGGACUUCCUCGCCUCCAAGGAGCCAGCGGCCAAGGUCAUCUUGCGCACUGACGAGGCCCUGGCAGAGAAGGAGAAGGAGGUGGAAGCCCAACAUGCCAGGGCGGAGGCCGCAGCACGGGAGCAGGAGCUGUUGUGGCAGGAGAAGGCCGAGCUGCAGCAGAAGCCGGAGGAGCAGAGGCGCAGCCACGAGGAGCACGUGCGGCAACUGAUGGACAACCUGGAAAAGGAGCGGGAGGCGCAGCUGGAGGAGCUGAACUGGACAGUGGAGCAGGAGGUGCUGCUGCGCGAGCGCUUCCAGGAGGAGUCGUCCGGCAUGGAGGGAGCGCUGCACCAGCUGCAGGAGGAGAGCCCUGCCAGGAGCCGGCCUUCUGGGGUCAGCACCGUGCUGGGCCGGCUGGGCGAGCUGUUGUCCCACACGCUCGGGGGCGUCAUGGACAAGGGCGUGGGCUUGGGCACCCGGCUCCUCGAGCGGUUCUGAGGGCAGCAAGGAGCCGCACCGCCUGGGGUGGGGGCUGCUUUGUUCCUGCUGCCACCGUGAGGGCCGGGGCAGGGAGGGGGCAGGAUGCUGCGCUAAAUGGGGCUGGCAGCCUGGACCCCAGGCUUGUACCCAGCU